AUGAUGGUCAUCGAAGUGGACAUGGUAAUCGUGCAGGUCAGGGAGGUCAUAUUGAAAGUCGUGGGGGCCGUAGUGAAUCUCGUUCCUGUAUUCACAGUGGUCUUGGAGGGCACACUGUUGAUUUUUUGUUGGGAUUUACAAGAAAAGCCAUCUAGUGUUGUUAAGCAGGUCUCUUAUCUGGAUGGCACAUUGGGUGUUGCUUUUAUACCUCGGUCAGCACCACAUGAUUUUGGAUCAGUUACUAUUACAAUAGAGGA